AUGAACUUCCCCAAGAAAAACGCUGAUCAUGAGAUCAAGGCUUUGUGCAAAGAAUCACCAAACCUGUUAGUGGCUCUAGAGGGACAGGACGAGUAUAAAAAAUCCAUGGGAAGGUUGUUCUGUGAAAACGACUCCAACAAACCAAAAGCUUUCUUCAGGCCCAAGACUACGGAUGACGUAUGUCGUGUGCUGCGAUACGCCUCAGCCAAUCAGCUUCAAGUAUCAGUGCUUGGUGGGGGGCAUGACCCUAAAGGUAUUCUAGAAAGUCAGAUUUUGAAACUUGGUUUCUAGGAACCUUAGUCUAGUGUUAUCUUACAACCUACAACUAGGGUAUCUAAAAGAUAGUAAUGCUGCGGCACAUUCUGUUGAUACUGGCAUUAGUUAGGCAGUGGGACUUAAAAGAAUCGAAAAUGACAUUGAAUGUCCUAUUUACAUGUUGGAAAGUACUAGAAUAAUUACUAUUAGUCUAUAUAAAGAACUCGUGGGAACGUUGUUUAAAAGAUGAUCAAGUGGUUAUCAACUCUGGUUUUCCCACAGCAAAUUGUAGGAAAUGAUAGAAAUUCAGAUUGUUUAUCCAUAUAUUUAAUAUACGGUGUACUAUCUUUUCUCUGGAAACAUGAUACUUUUCUUGCUGUUUAUUGCACUUUAUUAAGUAACAGUUAUUUAGCUUUAUAUUUAUAGAAAACAAAAACACAAAAAACAGAGAAAAAAAGAGUUCAGUGGGACUCGAACCCAGCACCAUCGGCUCGACGCGACUACACCGCACAACUACACCACAGAGACUGAUGGCAUAAUUUUGGGAAAAGUCUUUAAUUUAAUUCCUUUUCCGUGAAACUUCCGCUGGCAAGAUGAUCGCCAGCUGCAUUAAUCGAGCUAUUAACAGCAAAAAAACAAUGUAAACGCAUAUUCCAUGGCAAUGAAUGAACGAAAGAACAUAAUUAUGCUUUUUAAAAUGCUGAUACACGUCCUCGUCUGCAACGUAGGACACAAAACAUAUGUUUUGUUAUCUCGAUUUCCGCUGUUAUUUUGAAGCAAAUGGUCAAAAUCACAUCCAUUUUCGGCUCAUACAGGUUCUUAAGAAUAGCAUGGCAUGACAUUUUCUCACUUUCACAUCACCUUCUAGCAAGCUGGAAUUUGUAUAUCCCCCGUGUUACGGAGUUGAAGAGCAAAUGCUCAUCUUCUUGUCAGGUUUAACACCUUGACAAGUCUCUUGAAUUGAAAUCCAAUCCCCAAGUUAACCAUCGUACUCAUAUGAAAGACUCUUGGGUGUCUUAAAUUUGGUAAGACCUCUAACCGUGCUGUAGAAAAUUUGCUACAAAGAAAACUCUGAGUCUGGGCAGCGAACGAUGCGAACUUCCCCGUGUUUUUAUUUGAGUUGUUCGUGGUGCAAUGUACUCUGGUUAAAUGCAAUGCAUUGUGGUAAAAAGUGUGAUUAAAUGCAAUGCAUUGUGGUAAAAAUGAUGAAUUUGAGAAUUCGUCGCCCCUUAUAUAUUUCCCUUAAAUCCUGAUUAUGUUGCUGCUCGCUCCCUACGGUCGCUCCGCAGCAAUAACAUUGAUUCAAACAAUUUUAGAAGGCAAUAAUUUUAAUCCAUUUUGAUUGUCAAUAUAAUGAGUAUUACUGCACCGAUGCAACUGAAGUUCAGGUCGACGCAGGGUUACCCUGGAUCAAGAUUUUAACUCAGACAGAGCGUUCAUGGAGAUGGCCACCAUACUGUAAAACAGAAAAGUAAAAGCCACAAAUACAAUGUCUUUCUUUCAUAUAACACCAUGUAGAUCUUUGAUCACUUAGUAUGAAUAUUCACUGCUGUCUUUAUUGACUUUUUUUUUUUUCGUAAUCCGGACAUCUCUCAAGUGAGACCAUUUUCGUCGGUCCCUAUUGAUUGAAUACUCGUUUCCAAUUAAAAACCUGAUUGGGUUUUUAAUCCUGACUGGGUUUAUAAUCAAUUGGUAUUUAAGCUUUCUUGAGAAUCGUCAACAGUGGAUAAUAAACAAUAGUUUUCAAGGACAAUGGGAAUGUGUGAACAGGGGCACUACACAAGGCAGUGUGAGUGGUCCGUACUUAUUUAGCAUUUUUAUUAAUGAUCUGGAAAUCAGCAUAGAUAACCACCCAGCUCUGAUUAAAUAUGCGGAUGACUCUACUCUCAUCAGUGUUCCCGUUUGGAGUAAUGGGCACCGUCGUACGGAUUUGGUGGAUCAGUUUUUAACUUGGUCUAAUGAAAACAGUAUGAUUUGUAAUCCGUCGAAAGGUAAAGAAAUUAUUUUUCGCAAGAAAGGAUAUAUUAACAACAUUCCGCAAUGCACGGAGCUGCCCAUUUUAGGCGUUAUGUUUCAGGAGAAUUGUAAAUAUAGCGAACACGUACGUGCUAAGUUGACUAAGGCAAAUAAGUGUCUGUUUGUAAGGAAGGAAGGUUUCAGUCAAGGUGAAGUGGACCACCUAUUUGGCACCUUAGUUUUAAAGAAUUUCACUUAUAGUCUACCUGUUUAUGGCGCUGUAAACUCAGAUCUCACGGUCAUACAAAACUUUCUGGAUAGAUGCUUUAAAAGAAAAUACACAUCUAAGAGAAUGGACAUUCGAGAACUUUUAGAAAAGGCAGAUAAGAAGCUUUUCAAGGUACGUUCAGUGGAUCCCGAUUGCACGCUCAGUAACGUCAUUCCGAAGAAGCCGAAAGAAACAAAGUAUCUACUCAGAAACAAAAGUGCUCAUCGCCCGGAUAUAAAGACCGAUAGAUUUAAGAAUGUUUUUGUAAAUAGGAUUAUUUUUAGAUAUAAUCUUGGAUCUUUCUAUUAUUUAUAUACAGUAUGCCUUAUGUAUUUUAAUCUUUUUAUUUGUAUGCACUGUGUCUUAUGUAUGUUUAGAUUCCCAACUGCUGAUGUAACUUAAGAUAUGUCUUUUUAUCUUAGGAGAAUAAAGAUUGAUUGAUUGAUUGAUUGAGAGGGGGGGCGGGGCGGGGGGAAGGGCUCCUGACAAUAGAUGGUACUUAUUUCUCUCACCAGCUCACGACCCAGACUCCCAACAGUUUUUGCGCGCAGACUGAAACAAGAGAAAAUACCUGCGUGUCAAGUUAAAAUAUUUCCAAUCAAAAUUGAAGUGACAAUUUGUUUACCCAUCUGAAGGCUUGGCUAUCAUUCACGAUGCCCUCGUUCUCGACAUGUCUGCAAUGAAUCACAUCGACAUUGAUCCCCAGACAGCAACAGCCUGGGUCGAGGCAGGAGUGAACGUGAAGGAUCUUGAUGAUGUCACAUGCCCACAAGGCCUGGCUGCAGUGAAUGGCUCCUGCACGACUGUCGGUGUAGUAGGUUUCACUUUAGGUGGAGGGUUUGGGUUUCUCAGCAGGACGAAGGGGCUGGCAGUCGACAACUGUCUUCAAAUGGAAAUUGUCACUGCUACUGGUCAGCGGAUAGUUGCAUCUUCGCAAGGGCACAGACAUCUCUUCUGGGUAUUGAGAGGAGCUGGGCAAGUGGGAUAUGGCGUGGUAACGAAGCUACAAGUCAAAUUACAUACCUUGCAAGAACAAUACGUCGGAGGUAAGGGACCUUUUUACUUAGAAGCAUUUUUGGGAUCGAUUAAAAAAAUCAUUUGAAACUUGUAACUUGACGUUGGACUCUUGCCUUAUUGUUAUGAAUAUUGAACUCUGUUGGACGAUUCAAGCCUGAUUUCUAUUAUGUUCGCUACAAUCGGUUAGAUCCCUGGAUUAUAUAACCGAAAUUUUAGGGGGAAUCUGGAAAAGGCCAGGCUUUAAAAAUACCUUUGAAAAUAAAGCCCGUCUCCGGAACCGUAUCGCUGUGAUGGCUGAACCCAUUUUCAGGCAUCCUAGCGAUCAUAUAAAACCAGGAUUUAUUGACAUGUUUGGUGCGAAAGCUUCCGAACACAAGGUCGAUCACGUUUACGCUCAUACCGUAACAGUUUAAUUCAAUUGAUUGCUAUAUGAAGGAAAUGUGAUAUAGGUGCAAUAGUUUAUAUGUUGACUGUUAAAGUGUUAUUUAGGUAAAGUGCAUACGAAGAGGAGGCCCACUCGGCGGUAGCUUAGUUCAGGUUCCUGUAACAUAGCAUCUAAGGGGGUAAUUACAAGAGACCGGGACGAACUCAGACCGGUAUGAGUUCGUAUCGGUCUCCAUACAUUUCUUUUCAUGCGUUUACAUGGGACCGGCCUAGAAAUGAACUCAGACCGGCCUGACUUCGUUUCGUCGCUGACCCGACUCGAGUUACUUUCGUACCUUUCUGAGACUGUACCGUUCUCAUGUAAAACGGAAACGAAUCUCAGGCCGGGUCCAUAAAUAGCAUGUUUCUUCGUAUGGCGCCAUCAUUUUUGCUUUUUUCUCAGCAAAAUAAGAACACUGCGAUGAAUAGCUGUAAACAAGACUUCAAUUGAAUAUAUGAUUCGGUUAAUGUGACGGAUUGCAUCGUUUUGAGAUGCUGUGCAUUUAACAUGCCACCAAAUGAGCGUUAGAUUCAGUUUACAGUUUUCUGAGAGCAGUAAAAUAUGCGGUUCUCUAUUGACUGUCUUAAUUGGCGUAAAUUGUGUACCAGUUAGGACAGUUGGCGAAUAAUAUGUUAAAUAACCGACUUAAGAAAGUUAUAUAGCUCCAAGGGGGGGAGUUUGUACCGGUCUCAUGUAAUCAACGAAGUGUUUCAUACCGGUCCCAUGUAAAGAUUAUCCGUUGUUGUGCUUUCCUCUGAAAGUGAGAGAUGCUGGCAGUAUGUCUCCGGCAUCCAUUUAAUGUACACAUGUGUAAAAAGAGACAAUUAGUGGAGCCAUAUAUAAUGGAUGACAUUUUUGUCCUGCGUUGUAUUCUAACAGGUCGCUUUUGGUACGUUCCGAUGAGCUCAACAAAGCUUAAGGAACUUCUGCACGUUAUGAGCGAGUUUUGUAGAUCAGCUGAAGAUGAAAUAACUUUCAACAUUUACCUUAUAACACAAGUCCCUGGGGUUGCAGUGGAUUACUUCUAUGACGGACAUCCAAGUGAAGCCGAGGGAAAACUCCUUCCGUUCCUUCGUAGUAUAACAGAGAGGUUUGGUCCCCCGGGAGAGAGUUCUACCGCUGUUAAUGGUCCUUGGGAAGAACAGACCACCUCUUAUGUCGAGUAUCAGCAAAGAUUUGGGGAGGAACCAGUGAAAACCUACAAGAUGUGGAAAUCUGCUUUUCUGGGAGAGUUGACUCCAGAGGUAUGGAUUGCGUCUAUUUGGGCGGAUUAAAGGACAACAACUGAGGUGUAAGGCUGGUUGUUCCGGUCACACAAAUCACUUCAGGGUUUUUUGGUUGAGAAAAUCCUUGUUAGAAAAUCUCUAUCAGAAACCCAGAAAUACCCCAAGUGCUGCAAAGAUUUUGAGUUAAAUUCCCUGCAGCGACUUCUGCAGUAAAGCUUUUUAACUAAAUAAGGGUCAAUUCACGGACAUGGGCUAAGGGGCUGACCCAAGGGGGGGAAGGUAACUCUAUUGUUUUCCACUUAAGUUUCUCGACCCACUCCGCCUGCCAGUAUGACGUCACAUAGUAACGGGUAAGAGCCUCGGGUCGCUUGUGCAAAAUAGCAAGGGAUACGACAGUUAUUUGGACGAGAGAGGUCGAGGAAAAGCUAAGAAGCUAGCAAAUAUCGCUAUAUAUCGCUAAUUUGAUCGAAUGAGUGUGAGCUUUGGUGUUGCUGUAAUCUGCUUGUGUAAACCGUUUUGAUAUUUUGUGUCCAUGAUUAUAUAAUUUUGUUAAUUUGUUUUGCGGGCCGUGUCGCGGGAUCGCCAUCUAUUUCACGGGAACGGCAAGGUCAUCAAAACUAAAAUCUUUUUUUUCCUCUUAAAUAGGCAAGGUCUAGUCUCCAGAAUAGGAGGUUCCAUUCACAGAUCACACAUGUUUAUAUUUCAUCUAUUCUUUUGCUAAAUAAAUGGGCCUAACUUCAUAUCAUUCCUUUCGAGUGAGGGCCUCUGUUGAUCUCCUAAUUCUCCACCGAAUUCAGUAAAGCUAGUUCGAUCGAUUCUCUACAUCUAGUCGGUCCGUUGAACCCGAAAUAAUGCGAAAUAGCUUUGAAAUACGCGCUUAAGCUAAUUUUCCUCAAAUGUAUAUUUGAAUUCAUGAUAAAUACAGCUCCACCAACUUCAAACAGCGUCUAUGGCAGAGAAAAAUUAUUUUGAUAUGACAAAAUUGAUUUUUCAAAUCAUGAGUGUCACUGUGGUGCAGUGGUCAAGGAGUUUCCAGGGGCACCCAACGAGAAUAUAGUUCAAAACCUCUUAAACAUAGCAUUGUUAAACGUAUUUUAGUAUUUAAACGGUAGAUAUAGACAUUAUAGAUAUUUUUCCUUUAUCUCUUGUACGUUGUUUUUAUUUUUUCUCCAUGUAAAUGUAAGUAUUGUCAUUAGAAGUGUUUUAACCAAAUAAAUGUUAUUAUUAAAAAAAAAAAAAAAAAAGAUAUAGACAUAUUUUCAUGCCCUAAAAAUUUUUCAUCUGUUCGGAUUUCCUAGCUGAAAGUCUAGUGAUCCGAAAAUUAUAGGGAUCAAAACUUAUUUUUUCGAAACUUUCAGCCAGAAAAAAGGCUCCCGAAAAUUCUAGGUGACCUUUUAAGGGUAAAAAUCGGUUAAAAAUUGGCAAUUAUACCAUUUUUAGAUGUUCGAAAAUCCUAGGAGAGGCAGGCAAGCAAAAAAAAAUUUUACAACAAAUGUUCCGAAAAUUCUAGAUCUCAAAUCGUCUUCCGAACAGAUAUUUUCCGAAAAUUGUCGUUGAGUGCCCCUAAGUUUCUUGCACGUGCAGAUAAACAGGGUUCGACUCCCUGCGACGCUGUUUUCUGUUUAUUUGUACCGGUUUUUUUUCCUGUUUGGUCUCUUUUUUUUAAACACUAUUUUUCAUUUUGGCUUUUUUUCUUUAUUCUCACUGCUGACCCUGCAGGUCAUGCACUUGGAUCAAUAUAUAUUUUAAGCUUAAGUCCGGAGUUUUAUUUUGGCAAAGGGAUUUCAAAAGCUCUUGAUGUGCAUACUGGCCAAGCUUACGACCAGAUAAAAACCAUAAGCUGUCAAGACAUGUCCCUCCUCUGAAACAGCUCAAUGUUAGUUGACUUCAUGACAAAUAACACACAGUACACCACAAACUGUACUAAUUUACACACAACAUCCACCAGUGACCCACUGGCGAAAGUUAAACUUGCCUUUUGUACAUCGUCUUAAUCAUCAAUAUUAUUACCUGUAUUACCCUAAAAUCUCCACUGGGUUUGCCCCCCAAAAAUAAUUGAACGAAACCUUUUAUUGGCUUUCGGGAUUUAAUUACAGAAUAACAGGUGUAUGCCCAAUACAGUAUUAAAAUGCGCCGGUAAAGCAACAAGAUUCAAUGCUCACAGUCUCUCACAAAUACCUGUCAUUUAGCUUCCCCUUUCAACGCUACAGCUAAGCGAACUUUGAGAGGAACGAUAUGGGGUUCCACUAGCUCUGAAGAGCUGAAAAUAAGCACAAUGUAAAGUGUAAUACAUCCUUUUUAUGAACCUCCUGUACGUCGUCUUAAUCAUCAAUAUCAUUACCCUAAAAUCGCCACUGGGUUUACCCAAAAACAAUAAUUAAACGAAACCUUUUAAUUGGUUUACGGGAUUAAGCAACAAGAUUCAAUGCUCCUAUUUCAAGGCUACAGCUAAGCGACCUUUGAAAGGAUUGAUAUGGGGUUCCACCAGCUCUGAAGAGCUCAAAAUACGCCCGAUGUAAAGUAUGAUAUAUCCUUUGAUGAACCUCCUAUUGCUGUGUCUAAACUCCUGAAUCUUGCUGUGCACUGGCCCUCAAAAGUGUGACCGGUGGGUAUGAUUGCCCUUAAAAUUUGCUCGACUAUAGAAAGGAAUCUUUAAAAUUCAUUACACCACUGGACAUUUCACUCCAAAAAAGUACUUAAGUCUAGUUUUCUAUGACAAUAGGAACCUUAAAAUCUCCAAAUCCAAGAAAUCGGAUCAGUAUUUCCGUGAUUAAAUCGAAAUUUUUAUCCGUAUCUUCGAUGAAGUUUGCUCGCCAUUUUGAAAGUCACUGACGCGAGACGUGACGUCAUACUGGCAGGCGGACUGUACCACAGAUUUCCUUGGAGACACCUUCCCCCGCUGGGGCUGACCGUUUGACUUUUGAGGGGGUAUGGGUAAUUUUAGAAACAAAAAUAUCCUGCAGACUCAUUUUGAAAGAAACAAAUUCUUGCCAGGAAAUACCUGGCGAAAAAAAUUCUUACGCUGAAAAAAUACCUUUCAUGGCCUAUAAUGCUGGGAAAAAAGUCUUACACCGUUGUUUAUCAGGAAAAAAUAUUCUAUCACCAGAGGUUUUGGGGAAAAAUUCUUUCCCGGACCAAAUCACCCUUCCCCCCCCCCCAAUCCAUUGACGUAAUUGUCCAGUUUGACUUAUCAUUCCAUUAUAUUGUGUGAAGCUUUUGAAAUUUUUAUCUCUUUUAUUAUUUUACAUUUGGGUGACUAAAUGAUGAUACGUUGUCUUCUUUCUCUUACCAUGCAGGUCAUUCAUAUCAUCAUUAGCCAAUUGGAAGAAGCUCCAGUUUCUUCUAACCCACACACUAUCGGCCUCGAGCUCUUGGGCGGAGAAAUCAACCGUAAGUCACCUGAUUCUUGCGCCUACGUGCACAGAGAUGCACUAUAUUUGUUCAGUGCGCAGGCCGUGUGGACGCCUGAAGACGAGGCUAAAGGUAAUGCGCAUGCGUGCAGGCAGUGGGCAGAAGAGACGGCCCGGUCAUUACUGCCUCACUCACUUGGAUCAUAUCAGAAUUAUGCUGACUGUGGAGAAAACACUAGGGCGCAACGCCUGGAAAAUUAUUUUGGCAAGGCAAAUAUCCAGAGAUUAAAGGAACUUAAAGAGGAGUAUGAUCCGCUUGGCAUAUUCACCAGAGAACAUUUCAGACUUUGA